AUGCUUGCAACUGAAGUCACGUAUGGUGUCAUGGCGGCUACACUUAUUGGAGUAGCUGUAUACGCAAUCAUUGUAAGUCGACGACUUGAAAUCAAUUCGGUGAAAAACUUUGUCAGUGCUAAGAACACGACACCGACGUUGCGUCUCGCAUGGUGUUUAUUUUCGGCUGGAAUUGGUGCUGGAACACUCUUUUCGUUCCCACAAAUUGGAGUCGAUGCAGGUUCUUGGGGGGUUAUCGGCUACACACUCUCUGGAAUCAUUGGCAUGAUUGUUCUCGCCCUUGUUGGUCCAAAUAUGCGCUCGGCAUUGGGUGAAAAUGUCACAAUGACGGACGUAGUCUCACGCCGAUUUGGUUACGUCAUGCAGUUAUAUGUCGGCUUUAUCUCGAUGUUUUACCAGUUUAUCUGUCUAGCAUCCGAGUACACUUCAAUUGCACAACUUACGACCAUGUUGUCACCAAAUGCUUACCCGAUGGUGACGAUUCUCAUUGUAGCUAUCCUCACAAACCUUUACCUUGUCAUUGGAGGUCUUCGUGCAAGUUUAGCGACAGAUGUGUGGCAAGGCAUUGGAGUUGUUGCACUGGUCGCGGUUGUGUGCAUUGCAAUGUUCUUUCACGUGUCAAUACCAGACGGUGCCUGGUCCAACACGAACGUGGCUGCUUUCACGACCGCAGGCUUUGAAACGCUGGUGACGCUGAUCAUUGCUGUGACGGCGGCAAGCUUGUUCUUUACGGGAUACUGGCAGCGCGUAUACGCCGCCUACGACGACAGUACACUUCGCAAGGGUACGAUGAUUGCCAGCAUUAUCGUUGCCCUGUUCACUGUGACGCUCGCAAUUGCCGGCAUGGUGUCGUAUCUUGCGUAUCCGGAUGGUGCCUUGUUUUUCGCGAUCCUGAUCGACAUGGGUCGCGGCUGGCAGGUGCUCAUCGUUGUGGUCAUUGCCAUGUUGUCAAGCGGCGUGUCAGACUCUAUUCAAAUGGGUUUGGCAGCUGAGCUCACGACGUGCUUUCCCAAGAUGUCGUUGAUGCAAGCACGCAUCAUCUGUGUGCUCCUCAAUGCUCCUGCUAUCGCGAUUGGCUAUCAGCAGUAUGACAUCCUCACGCUCUACCUCAUCGCCGACUUGCUGUGCAUGGCUGCCGUUGGCCCUAUGCUGCUCGGUACUUGGAAACAUGCGACGCGCACGGGUGCACUGGCCGGCUGUGCUGCUGGAUUGGCCACCAUCUUCGUCUGUGGUGUGAUUGCGCAAGGCAAGUUCAUCGGCGGCUUCAAUUGGUUUAUCCUACCGGAAGGUCUCUAUUCGCAGAACAGCAUGAUCACUUUCAUCGUCACGUUGAUUGUCCCACCUGUCGUUACUGUGGUCGUGUCUUUGUUGACAAAAUCGAGUGCCAACGAAGUCGCGACGGACAACAGUUAUCUGAUUCAGCUAUCGCCGAUCCAAGAAAGCUCCAAAGCCUAG